GCAACCGCAGCCAACAGUAUAAAAGCCCCUCGGCGGCCCUCAUCUGCGGGAGCUGACUUUGUCUGUUUGCUACAAAGAACCAGAAUGCUCCAAUAUGUGGUAUCCCUGUGUUUCCUGGCCCUGGCCUGGGCGCAGGAUUGCCAAGUGGCCAACAUUCAGGUCAUGCAGAACUUUGACAGGACCAGGUACGCGGGGAAUUGGUACGCAGUUGCAAAAAAGGACCCUGAAGGUUUGUUCCUCAUCGACAACAUCGUGGCCCAGUUUACCGUCGCCGAAGACGGCACAAUGACCGCCACCGCUAAAGGCAGAGUCAUCAUUCUCAACAACUGGGAGAUGUGCGCUGACAUGCUCGCCACCUUUGAGGAGACCCCCGAACCCGCCAAGUUCAGGAUGAAGUAUCGGGGAGUCGCGGCCUACCUGCAGAGUGGAAAUGACGACCACUGGGUCAUCGACACCGACUACGACAACUACGCCAUCCAUUACUCCUGCCGACUGCUGGAUGCGGACGGCACCUGUCUGGACAGCUACUCUUUCGUCUUCUCCAGACACGUGACGGGUCUGAGAAUAGAGGACCAGCACGUCGUCACCCAGAAGAAGACCGAACUGUGCCUACUGGGCAAAUACAGACGCGUCGCACACAACGGCUUCUGCGAGAGCAGCAGUUGAUCUCAGGGACUUUCUUAUUGCAGCCCCCAUUAGAGGGACUGUGCACCCCGCACCAGAGCGCCCUCGACUUCUUGUGUUUAAAUGGAAGACAGCCUAUUCCUUUACAGAAACAAAAAAGAAAAUGUCAAAAAGUGUUACAUUUAUGAAAUCACAUGUUCCCAAAUGUCUUUAAACACUCUCAUCCUCUGUCGCCAAAACUAUUGCAUCAGUCAGGAAACGUCUACUUAUGAGAAAGCCAUCAUGACAAAAAUAUGUUCAUAUGGAUGGAUAAUAUGCCGUAUGUUUUUCAAGUGAGGCUGAGCUCUCAUCAACAGGAGCAUACCUCUGGAGGAGUCUACCUGCCAUGUUUAUAAGUGGUGGGGGGAGGGGGGGACAGGAUUCCCAAAUCACUGGUAUUGCUUUUACACUUUUGUCUCAGAGUACAAAAGUAGACUUGUUAAGUCAUAGGCUUGGUAUUAAAAAAAGAUUUGUAUUCCGCAUACUUGAUAUAGUUUUGUGAAA